UGGCGUAUUUUAUGAACCGAACUAAACACGGUCCCUAUAUGGUAUGAUUCCCAUAUUUGGACCCAAACUUGCCAUAUGGAUCCUAUUUGCGAAAUAAUGAAUACUUGCCAUAUAUGGACCCAAUUUACGAAACGUAAGGACAUGUGAUCUUCUGUAGUUUGGUGUAUAUAUAAUGGUUAGACCGAUACUCGAGGAAAUAGAAGCUUCUCGAAUUCAAGACACAUUCAACUUAACUUAUAGAAACCAAAUCUUGUGAAAAUGGUUGAUGGCGAUAUUGCUGCGUUAGUUAUUGACAAUGGGUCCGGAAUGUGCAAGGCCGGAUUCGCCGGAGACGAUGCCCCCAGGGCCGUGUUUCCUUCUAUUAUUGGACGUCCAAGACAUCACGGUGUCAUGGUUGGCAUGGGUCAGAAGGACAGCUAUAUAGGAGACGAGGCCCAGAGCAAGAGAGGAAUCCUCACCCUCAAGUACCCCAUUGAACACGGUAUCGUCACCAACUGGGACGACAUGGAGAAGAUCUGGCACCACACCUUCUACAAUGAACUCCGUGUGGCCCCCGAGGAACACCCCGUCCUCCUGACCGAGGCCCCACUCAAUCCCAAAGCCAACAGAGAAAAGAUGACACAGAUCUUGUUCGAAACUUUCAACUCUCCCGCCAUGUAUGUUUCUAUCCAGGCCGUACUUUCACUAUAUGGUGCUGGUCGUACAACUGGCAUAGUGCUCGACUCUGGAGACGGUGUAUCUCACACAGUUCCCAUCUACGAAGGUUACUCCCUUCCCCACGCCAUCAUGAGACUAGAUCUCGCCGGACGUGAUCUGACCGAUUACCUCAUGAAGAUUCUCACAGAACGUGGUUACUCUUUCGUAAAUACAGCGGAAAGAGAAAUUGUCAGAGACAUCAAAGAGAAGUUGUGCUAUGUUGCUUUGGACUUCGAACAAGAAAUGGCGACUUCUACGUCUUCAUCGUCCAUGGAGAAGAGCUACGAACUUCCAGACGGUCAGGUCAUCACCAUUGGUAACGAGCGUUUUAGGUGUCCAGAGGCGUUGUUUCAACCUGCUUUUCUUGGAAUGGAAUCUUCUGGUAUCCAUGAAACCACAUACAACAGUAUCAUGAAGUGUGAUGUCGAUAUCCGCAAAGAAUUGUACUCGAACACGGUAUUAUCUGGUGGUUCAACCAUGUACCCUGGUAUUGCUGAUCGUAUGCAAAAAGAAAUCACAGCUUUAGCUCCUAGCACAAUGAAGAUUAGGAUCAUUGCCCCACCAGAGAGGAAAUAUUCCGUCUGGAUCGGUGGUUCCAUCCUUGCUUCUCUGUCCACCUUCCAGCAGAUGUGGAUCAAUAAACAAGAGUACGACGAAUCUGGUCCAGCUAUUGUCCACAGGAAGUGCUUCUAAUCUGACGUCAUAAGUGUUCGACGUAAUCAUUGGAUGAUCAUUUUCUAAUGUUAUAUUACUUCGAAAUGGUUGACAUAUGGCUAUGUUAGUCUGUACUUUUGCAGAUAUAAUGAAUUAUGUCACAAUUGUAUGACGAAUUUAGAUGAAAUACGUUGUCUGUGAUGAGAAUAUGAAUUAUUUUUACAUAUUCGUGUACGAUUUGGUUUCACAAUGCACGUAAUACCUAGAGAUAUUGUAACUAUGCAUCCCAUCUCAAAAAUAAGUAUCGUUUAAGACCAUGGCAAUUUAGAAAUAAAAUAUAUGAAUAAUAUUUACCAUCAACAGUUGAAUUUUACAAUGAUUGACACGAAGUUACCAAUUUCCGUGUAAUUCUACCGUACGUAGAAAUAUCUAUGUGUCUGAUCUAUGUAUUUACUGUACAAUAUCAAUCUUCUUGUAUCAUGCAAUAUACUUUUUCGCUUCUUCCUUUCCUCCGACUUUCAUUAUUGAAUUUAAAUUGACUUUUCAUCUAUUUUUAUUAUCAUUAUAAAAAUGUAAAGUAUGGUUUUCUUUCCCAUUCUUAAAGGUUUCUCUCGUAUUAUCUUAUGACAUUUAUUUUGGUAUAAGAUAUACACAUGUAUCAUAUUUACUCAAGUUGCACUUUUCGAACAAAAAAAUUGAAAUUUAUGCUGAAGAUGGAAAGUUAUUUGUCUUAAUGAAUAAAUUUCUAUAUGAAUAUUAAA